AGAGAAUCCUGGCGCCUAGACCAGGGUAUCAUCCCCCUGUCGAACUGGUCCAUCGUCGCUGGCGAAUGAUGUAAGAAAGUCCUCCCAUAAAUCAAGAAAAACUGGAUACAUUGCUCCCCUCCAUUACCGUCUCCUCUCUCCAUGACUUCCAGAGCACAUCUCUUGAAGCCGGGUAUAAAGCACAUGUCCCUUUCUCUCUCAUCAUCCUACGUCGCCCUAUAUCCCGAAGUAAACAUCCCACCCUCGCAAGCUAAUAAGGUGUCUUUUCUGAAACUCCCUCAUCAAUACUUCACCAUCCGCACCCAUCACGUUCAACCACCUCGCAACAUGCCUCUUGUCGUUCCAGAAGUCAACGAGAAUGACCAAGCUGCCUGGGCCGCUAGGCUGAUGGGAAAGAAGCUGACCCAGGAUGUCAGUGACAAUGUCUCCUUCGCAGUGAAAGACCUCCCCAAAACGCAUCGUGUCAUCAAGCCUGGUUAUGCGGUUACCAUGGACUAUGUACCGGAUCGGCUUAAUGUUUAUCUCGAUGAUUCGGACACUGUUGUUAAAGUCAACCAUGGUUAAAUCUAUAAACCAACAACGGCGUCUUUUCCUGGAGAACUAGCAGCUGAAAGACCAAGACUUGCCCUAUGGUGCUACAUUGACUGUGAUUGGAUAUAUGUCUGAUAAUGCAGUAUUCACUACAAUUUAAUAUAUGUUAAAAAAGACCCAGUAAUCUUGCAUAAACUGAUCUUCGGC